AUGGCCUCAGAGUGCCUUGAUGUGCCCAUAGUUUCGGAUACUGCUUCCAGCCGGGCAGAUACUUCUCCGCUCUGGGCCGGUGUCGGUCCCGAGGUGUGGGAUUUUGAUUAUGAUCAACCUUUUGGGUCAUCAUCACAACCCGGCUCCUCUGUUGAUUGUCCACCGAUGCCCGGUGACGAGUUCUUCAUAGAUUCUGAUCCUUCUGGUCCUACGUACAGCGAUUUGCUUGCAACCGAAGACCCAGUGUUGCAAAUUUCGAACUGGCUCAGUCAAGAAUACUCAAGUGAUGAUGAAUUUCGCACUCUGCAACAAUCCUUCCAAAAUGAGGAAAGUCCCACAGAUUUUCUUUCUCUUGCAAGAGACCAGCCCGCGAGUCUUCACGUAGCAAACAGGGAGGCAACGGCUACUCAACCGCAGAAACGAUUCUCCACCGCUUCGAUUCGGGUUCUCAACAGAUGGCUUUCGUCUCACAUCAACCGCCCUUAUCCUACUGUUGGAGAUGUCGAGAUUAUGCAAAAGCAAUCAGGUCUCAACAAGAAACAGAUCUUGACUUGGUUCGCUAAUGCCCGUAGGAGGAAGAAACUCUGGACAUCAGCCUCCCCGUCAAAUAUUCAAACACCUUCGGACACAGCACCCCGGGAGAUUUCGCAUGCUACUGGUAGACCACCAACGCCAAUCGUUCAGCACAUGGACCCUUUCGAACGGUGGAGAAACUCGCCUCCGGAGCAUGAACCUGCGAGUGUUCCUGCUAUCGCGCGCGCGCUGCUGGGGGCAUCGAAAGACUUUGAAGAAUCAAUAGACAGUACGCGAGAAGAUGGGCGACCACAUAGCAUCUCUUCCUCGAUCACCGGGGCGGAGACCUCUCACUCAAGUCAAAGCUCUCACGCCUCGGGAUACUCUCAUUCAUCGGGAGGCUCAGCCAGAUUAUCUGGAUUUACCAGAAAAAAGAAGCGGCGGGCGUUUGUCGCGAAGAAAAUCAACCCCCAAGAAGCAUUAGUGAAGGCUUGUCACCCAUACCAGUGUACCUUCUGCACAGAGACUUUCAAGACAAAACACACAUGGCAGAGGCAUGAGAAAUCACUGCACCUGUCUCUUGAGCAAUGGGAGUGUACUCCAAGCGGUUCACCCACUGUUCAUACCCAGUCGGGGCUGGUUUGUGUCUACUGUGGCCUUGCAGAUCCGCAGGAAGCCCACUUCCAUACACAUAAUCACCAUGCUUGUCAGGAACGACUGAAGGAGGAGAGAAUAUUCUCUCGGAAAGAUCACCUAGGACAACACCUUAGGCUUGUGCACAACUCUCAAUUCAUGAAGGGAUUGAUGGAAGAGUGGAAAUCAAUGUAUGAGCAAAUACGAUCCCGAUGUGGAUUUUGUGAUCUUGAGCUGGAAACUUGGACCGAACGAGCCAGCCAUCUGGCUGGGCAUUUCAAGGACGGGAGCACAAUGGCCGAUUGGAAGGGGGGUUGGGGCUUUGACGAAGCUACUCUCGAUAUGGUUGAAAACGGUAUACAGCCCUAUCUGAUCGAAUAUGAGCGCAACUCGCCAUUACCAUUUACGACACAACAAGGCACGCCACAUAGUCCAGGAAGCGCCUUCGAGCUCAUCGAGGUUGAACUAGAGUAUUUCUUCACAAACUAUACCGAGACCACCCAUUCUGAGCCCUCAGCAGGAAUAUUACAUUACGAAGCGUGUUGCAUUAUCUUCGGGGCCGAAAUUCUCAACCAGGAGUCUAAAUCACGUCCGCCUUCUUGGUUGCGUGAUUUAUUGAUAUCAUCGGAAGAAAUCACCAAGAAGGCGAAAAUGAGACCUAUGAAGAGCGCGGCCAGGUCUCGAAUCACACCAUUAAAAAUCCACGGCAAGAAUGAGAUCUUUGAAGACUGCAAACUAGAGACUUCUCUCCGUGAAUAUGUCAGAGAAUUGCAGGAAUUCGACGUGGAUCCUGACGACAGUGCCCUUCAGCGACAGGCUUGUAUUAUUAUCAAGGACAUGUCCGGUCCGUCGGAGGUUCUCAGCAAACUGUUGAUUAACCUACUUUACUGUUCAACACUCUGGCUGGCCCAAUUUCGUCUCCGCGCAGGCCUCGGCCCAACAACAUCAGUCCCCCUCCCACCAAUGUCUCUAGCUAUGCCUGCAGUUGAAGUAGAGCGGGGCCUCACAAACAAUGAUGGAAAUGUGUAUAGAGGCCUCUGGCGACGUCUUAGUCGGUUUGUCCUCAACUCUAUGUCUCCUUUUAACCCCAAUAGCCAUACACCAACAGAUGAAGAGCUCCAGUAUCAAGCGCGAUGGAUCAUAUAUGACAGGCAGGUCAUCGAUGACCCAUGGAAUCAAACUCCGGCUGAUAAUCCGGACUGGCUUCUCGAGUUCAAGAGAGAAACUGGACUUUGGGUUCAAGAAUGA